GACUUGCGAUUUCCGGCUGUCAAGAAAUUCACCACGAGUCACUUGCACUUCCUUUCUGGCUGAAACGUGGUGACGAAGACGCCAAAAUGGGUCGUCGUCCAGCUAGAUGUUAUCGCUAUUGCAAGAACAAGCCGUACCCCAAGUCGCGGUUCUGCCGCGGUGUGCCUGACCCGAAGAUCCGUAUCUUCGAUCUGGGCAGGAAGAAGGCCACAGUCGAGGACUUCCCGCUCUGUGUCCACUUGGUGUCCGACGAGUACGAGCAGCUGAGUUCUGAGGCUCUGGAAGCGGGCCGAAUCUGCUGCAACAAGUAUCUCGUGAAGCACUGCGGCAAGGAUCAGUUCCACAUCCGCAUGCGAUUGCAUCCCUUCCAUGUCAUUCGCAUCAAUAAGAUGUUGUCGUGCGCUGGAGCUGAUAGGCUCCAGACGGGAAUGCGAGGUGCUUUCGGCAAGCCACAAGGCACUGUAGCGCGUGUGGACAUUGGGAAGCCCAUUAUGUCUGUGCGCUCCAGCGAUCGUUUCAAGGGUGCCGUGGUGGAGGCUCUGCGCCGCGCCAAGUUCAAGUUCCCCGGGCGUCAGAAGAUCUUUGUGUCCAAGAAGUGGGGCUUCACCAAGUACGAUCGCGAUGUGUACGAGGAAAUGAGGGACAGCGGUCGUCUGGCCCCCGAUGGUUGCAACGUGAAGUACCGCCCCGAUCAUGGGCCUCUGUUCCACUGGGAGAAGGUGCAGAAGGACAUGCACGAGGCAUAAGAGAUGAGCAGGGAUUUUAUUGAAAUAAAAUCGGCCCCUGAAA